UCCCGGUAGCAUUUUAGCUAACCGUGUGAGGUUUGACCGGCGGCGUUAAGGCGCUGCCAAAUCUGGCAACACAUUUUUAUUUUGUCUACCGUAACCCGUGCAGCUGAAAUCCCUCCACCAUGGCAGAUUAACGGGGGGAGGAGGACGGCGCGUGUUGACGCUCGGUAAGGUGGCCGGAGUCCGUGUACUUUUUUCUCCGCUGAACCCACCGACGACCGCGCUGGAGAAGCUACAAUGAGCUCGGAGCACCAGAGCGACAGCGAGGACGCCGACGAGUCUCAGGACAGGCCCCACAGCGGCAGCAUCUCCGACAAAGAGGACGACCCGGACCCCGACAUCGACGACUCGGACGAGGAGGACCGCAUCGUCCGGGGGGUCUCUCCUCUGACGCCGGGCAGCGGCGAGGAGCAGGCGCAGCGCAGCGCCAGCUCCCCGGGGUUAAGGGAGGGCGAGCCCCGCUGCAAAAAAGGCGACGUUCCGCAGGUUUUCGGCUCCGAGACAUCCAAGGCUGAAAGUCUGUUCUCAUGGCUGCAGAGCAGGACUAUAAGACGCGGGGUGUUUGUGGACCCAGCCAGGGACAAUUUCAGGACAAUGACCAGUUUAUACUGCUCCAUGAAUCCGGCUGCUGAGUCUGUGAACCUGAGCACCAAGACCCACGGAGCGGUGUUCAACCUGGAGUACUCCCCGGACGGGUCUGUACUGACCGUGGCCUGCGAGCAGACCGAGGUCCUGCUCUUCGAUCCCAUCUCGUCACGACACAUCAAAACCCUGACGGAGGCCCACGAGGACUGCGUCAACAACAUAAGGUUUUUGGACAAUCGUUUGUUUGCCACCUGCUCUGACGACACUACAAUUGCGUUGUGGGACCUCCGUAAGCUGAACUCAAAGGUGUGCUCGCUGCACGGCCACGCCAGCUGGGUGAAGAACAUCGAGUACGACACCAACACCCGACUCCUCGUCACGUCUGGCUUCGACGGCAACGUCAUCACGUGGGACACUAACAGGUUUACGGAGGACGGCUGCCCGCACAAGAAGUUCUUCCACACUCGCUACCUGAUGAGGAUGCGUCUGACGCCCGACUGCUCCAAGAUGCUCAUCUCCACUUCCUCAGGGUACCUGCUCAUCCUCCACGACCUGGACCUCACCCAGUCCCUCGAGGUGGGCAGCUACCGCAUGCUGCGAGCUCGACGGACGCCCCUCAGCUCAGACGGAGGCACGUCAGCGUCCAGGUCGGCCAGCACCCCUCGCCAGGGAAACGACUCCAGCAAGAUCCACCCUCACAGAGAAGGCCUUUCUCCCAGGAACAGCCUGGAGGUGUUGACUCCAGAGAUCCCUGGGGAGAGGGACAGAGGUAACUGCAUCACCUCCCUGCAGCUCCACCCGAAAGGCUGGGCCACGCUCAUCCGCUGCUCCAGCAACAUGGACGACCAGGAGUGGACGUGCGUGUACGAGUUCCAGGAGGGGGCGCCGACCCGCCCGCUCGUCUCCCCCCGCUGCUCCCUGCGCCUCACCCACUACAUCGAGGAGGCCAACGUGGGCCGGGGCUACAUCAAGGAGCUGUGCUUCAGCCCGGACGGCCGCCUCAUCUGCUCGCCCUACGGCUACGGCGUGCGCCUCCUGGCCUUCGACGAGAGCUGCGGCGAGCUGGCCGACUGCCUGCCCGUCCAGACCAGCUGCCUCCGGGAGAUCCGCUCCAUCUACUCGCACAGCGACGUGGUGCUCACCACCAAGUUCUCCCCGACGCACUGCCAGCUGGCCUCGGGCUGCCUCAGCGGACGCGUGGCCCUCUACCAGCCCAAGUUCUAGCGUCCGGUCCCGUCGAGUAGUGACGCGCUGCAGACCUGGGUACUGAGUCUAAACACAUGAAAGAAGCAUUUAGCAAUUAUUGAAUUUACACACUAAAAAGUUCACACACAUAAUUUGUGACUCCUUGUCUUCUAAUAUAUGCAGAUAUUUGCUUUGUAUUUAUCUACAGAGUGAUAUGGCGUCUUCAGUUCAGAUUUACACAUCAAAUCAAAACACAUUCACUGAUCAUUAGCGUGGAAAGUAUUUGUUCUAGACCCAGGUCUGCAGCGGUGAAGCGGACACUCGGAAACAGAAAGGACGGAGAAGACUUCAGCCGUGGCCGUGUGACUGGGUCGCUGCCUCUUUGACCCUGAACAUCAAGUAAAGGUGCAAAAAAAAAAAAAAAAAGACAUUAACGCAGCUCAACAAGGAAAGAGCGAAACUCCAGACUGAGAGGAGGGGAUUCGAAACGUUAAAGCUCCUCAAAUCAAGACAUCAAGGCGUCUAAAUUAACUCUGCAGUUCGCCUCCGGCUCUUCUUUUCAUACUAAAGAUUCAUUUUGGUCUCUAUAGCAGUAGAACACUCCUUUCUUUCUUUCUUUUUUUUUUUGUGAGACUCAGCACGUCCAGAUGUUGCUGUCUCAGGACAAAAAUAAACACUAAGGAUGCAAACCGUCAACAGUCCGAUGAAUUCAGGACGAGCAGGCUGCCGAACGUCUUCGAUUCGGUUCCUCCGCUGCGCAUUGUGUCGCUCUCUGCUGCUCCGCUCAUGCCUUUUUCCACAGGUGCUGCUUCUCUGCUCAUACAAUCUGAACUAUAACCCCCCCCCCACCGCACCCACCGACCCUACACUUCUAGUACCUCAUCCAUCAUCAGCCGCCUUCCCCUCUUUGCCUGCCUGUUUCUUCACGGUGCUUAAUCAUUUUUUUUUUUUUUUUUUUUUUAGCAGGUUUUAUUGGUGUGUUAAUGCUGGCACUACUACUCGUAGCACUGUGUAUAAUUUGAGGCCACUUUAGUCACGUUUGAAUCACCUCUCGCUUUCUGUGUUUUUAUCUUUAGCCUGUGGAUGAAACCCCACUGUUUUUUUUGUUGUUGUUGUUGCUUUGUUUUUGUACAAAUAAGAUUUGAAACUACUUGUUUCUCCCUCCUAAAGGCUGGCAUUUUUGUAUUUGUUUUUUUGUCUUUUUGUUUUUUCACAGCAGUCUGUCGGUGCUGCAAAUUUAAACUGAUAAAUUAAUAAAUAAAACCACUUAAUAAUUAAAUAAAAAGGAUGAAAUAUUUGCCAGAAACUACUUUUAGCAGCAGAUUAAAAAACAUUUGAAGCGCUGAUGACCACCUACGUCGCGGCGUGUCAUCAGCGCGUCAUCAAUCCGGAAGUCGCCAUGUUGGCGGUUCUCUCUGAUUUUUUAAUAACAUUUGGCAGUCGAUUCCAAUUCCAAAUAUUUUUCACCUUUUGCCCGAUUGGUGCAGCUUAAAACACGGCAAUAAUUCACAGUUUUCCACCAUCUACUUCAGUCCGUGCGCUCUGUUUACGUUGCCGAGUGCCUCCAACAUGGCGACUUCCGGGUUGAUGACGCGACGUAAAAACCCGCACAGAGUAACGAUACAUCUCAAGCUUUGGGAGCGCCUUUUUUGUUGUUGUUGUUGUUUUCAAUGUGUUUACUUGACACUUAGUAAAAUUCAGAAUAUUGCCAGCUUUACUCUUUUAAAUGGCUUCUUCACUUUUUUCCAGGAUGAAACAUUUGAUGAUUUUUUCCCUCCUAUUUACCUUUAUUACAAUUCGAUCCUAUCACAUCUAGUUUCUCACCUCCAGUGUCGUCACAAAGGUUGUUUUCUUUUUCUUCUCUCUAAGGAGCAAAUGGAUAGCUAGCAUCCAGUGUAGUAUAGCUGCUGUAAACAUACGCCUGACUGUUACACCUUAAAUGUAAACCGGCUUCACUCAUACAUGCAUACAUACAUACAUACAUACUGACUGACUGCAGAGUAGAUAAUAAUGUGCUGUUAGGUUAACAAAAAAAAGAUAGACAUAAGUGUGUACUACUAUGCAUAACAGCCUUAUGAAGAUUCUCCUUUUUUUAUUUAUGCGGGGCUCUGUGUCGAGCUAUCAGAUGCCAAAAUAUGUUUUGCUUGUCUGUAGUGAAGUGUGAGCUGAGAACUAAAAAAGUGAGCUGGUUUAAAAAAAAAAAAAAAAAAAAAAAAAAAGAAUAAAAAAAAAGUUCUUUACAUGUGGAUAAAAUUACAUUUUUAAUGGAACUGUUUGACAUUUUCAGAAACCUGCUUAUUAAACUUUUCUGGUGCAGCGUUAGAUGAGACUUCUCUCUUGUCUUAAUGAUCGCUACUGAUUUCCUGAAUCGAUUUGAUUCAAUAUCAAUUCAUUUUGGAACUAUUUUACUGAGUUAUGACUAUAUGACUAUAAACUACUGUUGUGGUGUUUCCACAAAAUCUUACCACUACUUUAACAUCUUUGUUUCUGUUCAGCUCUUUUCUGUUGUCUUAUACCAAUAUUUCAAGACCUCAGCAAGAUUUUGACUUAUGAGGAGUAAAUAAAAAAUUGGUCCACAAAUUAAUCAGUAUUAAUCAGAUCAAUUUUAAGUUAAGGAAUUCAAAAAUAAUUAUAAUAAUAAUUAAACCCAGACAGAUGUUAGACUAUAGCCUAUAUUUCGGGCCACCAAAGGGGGCGCUAGAGUUCUUUAAAACUAAAAUCUUGAGUCAAACUGAUAUUUUUUUCUCAUUAUUGUAAGCAAUAUUAUCCAAUACUUGGCCUUUGUCUCACCUACUUUAAUAAUAGUUGGUUAUAAAAUGUAACAGCCAAGGAACAAGCCCAUUAAGAUCAAAAAAUAUAAAACCAGAAACUGGUUAGCUUAGCAUAAACACAGGGUGGAGUUCUUCUUGACUUUGUUUAGUGGCUACAAAUUGCCCAAUGAACGUAGUUAAAAACAGUUUUAUAUUGUUUAUUAAAUACAUACAUAUAAGUCAAAUCACACACCUCUUUAAAAUAUUUUGCUUUUUUCCAAGUCUGUUUUUUUUGUUUUGUUUUUCACAAGAAGUUUCAAAAGAAAUUGUGACAUGUACAUUAUUUGUUAUUUAAAAAAAGGUCUCUCACUUUAUGGGACUACAGUGCCCCCUAUAGUGAAUGGUCUAAUGUAAGAAGAGCAACCAGUUAGCUUAGCAUUAAUACUGACCUUUUCUGGCUUUGUUUGUUACAGAAACAUCACACAUUAACUUGUAUAUCUUGUUUAAUUUCUGCAUUGGGCAUUUUAGAGCUAUUUCUUGUCGCUAGCUGAAUUUAUGCUAAGCUAAUGCUAACUGACUGCUAGCUGCAACGUCUUUGCUCAUUAAACUUGGUGCCAGAUUUUUUUUUUUAAAUUUAGAUAAUUAAAAAUUGAGUAUUUGAAGUAAAAAGUUGUUGUAAGACAGAUGUAAAUGAUAAGUUUUUGUUUUUUUUUUUCAACUCACAGCCUGCUCCUGUCAGUAAAAGGGAAACUUUGUACCUCAAUUCAAAAUGUGCUUUUCAUUUUGACACAAAUGGGCUCUCUUUCACUUUCAACUCAGUCAAUUCAUGGACCUAAUUUCUGUAUUUUUCUGAAAUUGUGGAAUAAUUUAACUAGUACAUUUACAGACAUUUAAAAUAGAGAUUUCUUGUGUGAACUAUACUGUAAAGGACGAUGUAUAUUCGCAGAUGCUUUUAUUUCACACACACAAUCUCUUCGGAGGGAAGUGUCUCAUCUUCCGUUUUCACUUCAGGUAUAUGGACUUUAUUUUUGCUUUUAUUUUUUUGUUUUUUGCUCUUGUUCUGGGUUAUAACCUUUAUUCUGUUCUGGAUUAAAUGGAUGCCCCCAAUAUCGUUUAUCAUGCAACAGACAUGUUGCUCGCUCAGUUGUUUCAAACCCAAGUAAUCAGUGAUUCUGAAAUGGUACUUAUUAUCAAAGAAAUAAAAGGUUAGCUUCUUUUGCA